GCUGAAAGUCCCCGGAGGCGGAGUUGACGUGUAAGCGAUGUGCUCCCCUACAGAAAUCGAGCUGAAUCCCAGAUAGGACAGCAAACUAUUUUCUCUGAUUCAUUGAUCGGAAAGCUUGUUGAAAACUGCAAAAAAUGGCCCCUGUAUCCAUCAAACGCAUUUUGAUCACUGAGAGUGUCGACCAGGGUUGUAAAAGAAUACUACAAGAAAAUGGUAUCCAGGUUACCGAGAAGCUGAACAUGACCAAGGAUGAGCUGAUUGCUGAAAUAAAGGAUUACGACGGACUGAUUGUUCGAUCUGCUACUAAAGUUACCGCAGAAAUCAUCAAUGCUGCUGAUAACCUUAAAAUUGUCGGCAGAGCUGGGACCGGCGUGGACAACGUAAACGUGGAUGCGGCCACUAAGAAAGGCGUUAUUGUCAUGAACACCCCCAGUGGCAACACGAUCAGUGCCGCUGAACUAACCUGCGCGAUGAUAAUGAGUCUCUCUAGACAUGUACCACAAGCCGUUAUGUCCAUGAAAGCAGGGAAUUGGGAUCGUAAGAAGUUCAUGGGUUCAGAGUUAUAUGGGAAAGUUCUUGGAAUAGCUGGACUGGGAAGAAUAGGAAAGGAGGUGGCAACCAGGAUGCAGUCCUUUGGCAUGAAGACUAUUGGCUAUGACCCCAUCACCCCACCUGAAGUUUCUGCCACUUGGGGUGUGGAUCAGAUGUCGCUGGAGCAGAUGUGGCCUCUGUGUGAUUACAUCACUGUGCACACCCCCCUCAUGCCCUCCACCACAGGGUUGCUGAAUGAUGCUUCCUUCGCUAAAUGUAAGAAGGGUGUAAAGGUGGUGAACUGCGCACGUGGAGGCAUCAUUGAUGAAGCUGCCCUUCUACGGGCUCUGGAGUCUGGCCAGUGUGGAGGGGCCGGGCUCGAUGUGUUUGAAGAGGAGCCACCGAAGAAUCGCGCCUUGGUGGAUCACUAUAACGUCAUCAGCUGCCCUCACCUGGGUGCCAGCACCCGGGAGGCACAAGCUCGCUGUGGCCAGGACAUCGGCACGCAGAUUGUGGACCUGCUGAAAGGCAGGGCUUUGAUUGGGGCGGUGAAUGCCCAAGCACUGGCCAGCUCAUUCUUUCCAGAGUCCCACCUCUGGAUCAGACUGGGGGAGGCUAUGGGGGCAGUGCUAAGAUCCGGCAGCCCAGCAAACUUGCCUUUCUCUCAAGUCGAAAUAACAACCAUAGGGGAAUCACUGAAAUGUUUCACUGACCUACUGAGUUCAGCCACAUUGAUGGGCUUAUUAAAGGACAGUUCAAAAAAUGGCCCCAACCUCAUCAAUGCAUUAACCAUUGCAGAGGAGGUGGGAAUUAAGGUCAAUAAAAAACACAGUGAUGGGACCCCAGCCAUGAGUCAGACAGCAUGCGUAAUAGAUCUGUCCAUCAGUGGCACCAGCUUCAAGGCCACUGGUUCGGUCCACGGUGAAAUCCCAGUUCUGGUGGAACUGGCCGGGAGUCGCUUUUGGCAGCCCGUUCCGCUUUCUGGGAAUCUGCUGUUUCUCAAAGCUGCCUCCACCCCACUGCUUCUGCCUGAAAUCACUGGUGUGCUGGCAGCUGCUGGUGUGGGAAUCGAGUCUUUCACCGCCUCUGCUGCUUGUGACGGGGACCAGUGGUGUUGCGUUGGCCUGUCAUCCCCCGUCUGUGACCUGAGCGUCUUGAAAUCUGUAGUAAAUGAGGCCAAUCAGGUCUCAAUCUGAAUGCUGCACAAAGAGAAUUACACCAGUUACUGAGGAUGCAGUUUAACAUUUCUCAGAGCUCAAAAUGAGCCUCUAAAAUGUAGUAUUUGUUUAAAGCAGCCAUAUAACAUACUUUAUAUAACCCUUUGUUUCUUGUUAGAUUUGCUUACAUGUAGGCUUAUGAAGGGUAUAAACUAAGGUAAAAGAAAUCUUAGACUUGUUAAGUGUUUACAAUGUUCUGGAAAUAAAACUAACAUGAACAUAUUUCCUGUGUAUUUAAUAUUAGCAGGAUCUCUCUGUGUCAUGAGUGAUUAAACAAGAACACAAGCCCUUUGAA